AUGUCCAUUGUCUAUAUCGUGGCUUAUAUCGUGGUGUUCCUGGUGGGUCUCAUUGGCAAUAGCUUCGUGAUUGCCGUCGUCCUGCGGGCGCCUCGCAUGCGGACGGUGACAAACUACUUCAUUGUGAAUCUGGCCAUUGCGGACAUCCUUGUUAUUGUCUUCUGCCUGCCAGCCACUCUGAUUGGCAACAUCUUUGUGCGUAAGUAUCUGGUUAAUUCCGUAAGGCUGUGA